AUGUUCCUAGAUCCCAUAAUCACGUCGAUUAAUGCUCGUCACUCGUUCCCUCACUCUUUUUAUUUCAAGAUAAACCCGGACGAUACCUCUUUGCCUCUCUGCUUGGUAGCUAUUAGUUUGGUUGUACUUUACAGUCAUAAUAAAUUUCUUGUUUAAAA